CUGAGCUGCUUCAGAUGGCAGAGAGGAGUUCACCUGCUGAGGUUAACCUGACGUGUUUUUACCUUCACGUGUAUCCAUCUCCAGAGAGUGAUGUCUCCUCCGUCUUCAUUCGAACUCUUCUUCCCCCGACACUGACAGUGAAUCCUCCGGUGAUCACAGAGACAGACUCAGUCACUCUGCACUGUCAGACUCCACCCUCUGUUUCUGUGUCUCAGUGUUAUUUCUACACUUUAAGUGGAGGAGUCUUCCCUUGUCUGAAGACUCUGAAAGGAACUGAGCUGCUGGAGAAGUCACAGCAGAGAUCACCUGCUGAAGUUCAAAUGAAGUGUUUUUACACUUUAAAGCUUGGAGGGAUACAUUAUCCAUCUCCACACAGUGACACCUCCUCCAUCACCGUACGCACAGGUUUGCCUGUUACCAGUGUUUCCACUCCUGUGACUCCUCUUACAUCAGGUCGGACUGUUUACACGCCAAGUAUUAGUGAAAGUUCCUCUUCUUCUCCCCUCACACAAGUGAAACCAACACCAGAAACACUCACUAGUGUGAAUCCAGCACCUGAUCAAGAUAUAACAGGUUCAAGUGUUACUAUGGCUGGUAUUAAAGAUAGCUCUAACACUGCAGCCCCUCAGAAAACAGCAUCAGCAGGACUAUGGAAGUUUGUAGCAGUUGUGGCUGGAUGUGGAGUUACUGUGGGAGUCAUCUUGCUGGUUUCUGGAAUUCUCUGUAACAACAGAAGAACUGCAGGUUCUGAGGAAGUGAAAGGCAGACAGGAGCAUCACAAUGAGAAUAUGGAGACAUACCACAUGUACGCAGCCAUCACGGAGGAGCCGGCUGCAUCGGACCUCAAGAGUAUAAUGUACAGCACCGUGCAGUCACACUGAAACGAUACCAUUCAGAGAGAGAAGCAGACAGCCUAAGAACUUUUACUGAAAUUAACUUUGUGUACGACGUUCACUGGUAUAAUGCUGAUCGAGUUUUAGAGUUUUUACAACUAUUAAAGCUAUGCAAUUUUCAAGUUAAAGUCUAUUAUAUACAAAGCUCAGCAUUUGUUUCAAGCUGCAUUUAAAUGUUGCUUUUUUCAGUUCAAGAUUAAAAAAGUAUUUAGUUCAGCUUCUUAUCUACAGCAAAGAUCACUUCAGUCCAAUUUUCUUUACUUUGAGACUGUUUUUAACAGGUUUUAUUUGAUCUGACUAUGAACUUUACGUGCAAUAAAAUGUUUCUACAAAUACUGUAAAAAGACAUGUUGACACUUAAUUAGCUUUUUUUUUUGCUCUUUAUCAUAAAUGAUGGCUGGACCUGAACCAUUCUCUGAUCUUUCUCAUGCACGUUGAGCUUUUCUGAAAUGUGUUCUGAUUUAAAACAAGAAGAAAGCAAAAAUA